GGCAGCUGAACGGAAAAACGCACAGAGGAGGCGCGUAAACGGGCGUCCAAGGCGUCGCGAUGCUCAUUCAGUGUGCCAUCGCACGCGUCUCUUCCUAAAAGCGGACCCGGAGCGCGUUUUACCACCAAAACUCCAGCUCAAAGUUCUCGGCAACUUUUCAAACUUACCUCUAUAACCGCACGAGUGAAACAUGACUGAAUAAUCCGGUGAUCUGAACAGCAUCAGAGGAAUUAGUGCUAUAGUUUUCAACGGAAAUUCAUGGAUCUGAAGACGGCCCAAUGUAAACGCUUCAUGUGAACUGCCCUGUUUUGGGAAGGAAAUUCAGCAUGUUCGACAUGAAUUGGACUUUCAACGAGAGCAACUGGACCGCGGCAACAGCACCAACAGAUCCGCAGGUUCCACCCUGGUAUGUUACAACCAAAAUCCAGAUCACGCUGUACGCCAUCAUUUUCCUGCUGGCUGUUAUCGGAAACUCUUUGAUUAUUCUGACACUGGCCCAAAAUCGCCGCAUGCGAACCGUCACCAAUCUGUUCCUGCUGAAUUUGGCCGUUUCCGAUCUGCUUCUUGGUGUUCUGUGCAUGCCCUUUACCUUAACAGGGUACAUUUUACGGGACUUUGUCUUUGGCGAGGCCAUGUGCAAGUUGAUACCGUUUUUGCAAGCCUGUUUGGUGGCGGUAAGCGCUUGGACGCUAGUGGCAAUCUCAGUUGAACGCUACUAUGCCAUCUGCCAUCCUCUGCGCUCUCUGGCCUGGCAAACGCUCAGCCAUGCCUACAAAACUAUCCUGGGAAUCUGGAUUUGCAGCUUCAUCUGCAUGCUCCCGAUCGCGUUCCUCAGCGAGCUGAAACCCACCAUCAAAGGCAACCGCAAAUGCAGGGAGAACUGGGCAUCGUUGGAGUACGAGAAGGCUUUCAAUCUGGUGCUGGACAUCGUGCUGAUGGUGUUUCCUCUGCUUGUGUUGGCCGCUACCUACUCCUUGAUCAUCCGUACUCUGUGGAAGGGCAUUAAAACCGAAAGGGCUUCACGUUCCACUGGCUCCACAAUGGAGAUCUACGUGAACUUGCAGAUGAACUCGAGGACCAGUUGGAGAAUCAAGAACAAAACGAACAUGAGCAGGCAGCAAUCGAACUGGACCACUCUCCGUAACUGGUCGGACGAAUCCAACUCCCCCGUCGGCUCCAACAGCUCCAAGAGGCUGGUGAGCGGAUUGCGGCGCACCAAUGCGGAACGCAGCCUCUGCAACAAGAAGCGCGUCAUCAAGAUGUUGUGCGUGGUUGUUCUGGAAUUCUUCGUCUGCUGGUCGCCGCUCUACACCGUCAAUACCAUCGUCCUCUUCACUGGUCAAUAUGUGUACGACACAAUCGGCUACACUGGGAUCAGCCUGUUGCAACUGCUAGCUUACACGUCCAGCUGCUGCAAUCCCAUCACCUACUGCUUCAUGAACGGCGGCUUUCGUAAAAGCUUCUUGAAGCUGUUCAGCUGCUUCAAACGCUCCAGAUACAGAGCCAACUUUCGCAUGGAGGGCAGCGACUGCCAAGUGGACUUGAAGUACAGUAACCAGCGGUGCUCGGAGAAUUAACUGUUCACGUUGACUGUUACAAAUUGGUGUUUUAAAUAAAGUCGAUGUAUUUUGCAA